GCCGAAAUUUGAUAUCAAUCACGAAAUCUCAUGACAGACUCUCAACAGCUUCUCCCUCGCUUUCAAGACUCAACCCUCUUCAGAUCUCUUCGCACGUAAAUUUUGAGCAGCUAAACAGGGCAAAAUGUCGGACAGGGAAUUUGGUGGAAACGAUGACUUGUCCUUACCAAAAGCUACCGUACAAAAGAUCGUCACCGAAAUCUUGCCACCAUCAUCAGGACUCGUAUUCGGAAAAGAUGCUCGGGAUCUCCUCAUCGAAUGCUGCGUCGAGUUCAUCACCUUGAUAUCGUCAGAAGCGAAUGACAUUAGCGAGAAGGAAAGCAAGAAGACUAUUGCGUGUGAUCACAUCACAAAGGCAUUGGAGCAGUUGGGUUUCGGAGCAUACGUUCAGGAGAUCAUGGAGGUUGCAAACGAGCAUAAGGAGCAAUUGAAGGGCCGAGAGAAGAAAGCAAAUAAACUCGAGUCAAGUGGCUUGUCCACAGAGCAACUUCUGGCGUUGCAGGAAGAGGCUUUCAGGGAUGCUGCGCAGAGACAUGGUUGAUCCUUUUCUUUUGAUGGGCGGAGACUCGUUCUCGUGUUUUCGCGGCCUUUCCUGGUUGCAUGGGCGGUUUAGUGGCGUUGGUUUGCUUUCACUGGGAUGAUCACAUGAUACGCUGAGGCUGAGAUAGAUAGUCAAUGCAUGGACUGCGACCCUCUACACCAGCCGCUGUAUGCGAAUAUCGUUCACUUUUAUUUCUAUGUGCGGUAUGCUAAAUGGCCGUCUCCUCCUAGGCUGAGUGAAGUUCCUCACUUUCCCACAUUUUUCAUGAUCAGAGUACCGUCCGAUCCUCUUCAGCCCCUGUUGAUUGAACCUCUUGUCUUUUCGCCUCCAGCGUUCAAAAGUACGUGGCAG